UUGCUCACUUUCCGCAAAAGUUUAUAAACAAGGAUUUGCACGUGUUUUAAAAGAAAUAUUGCAUGGAUGUACAGUUUUAUAAAGUACAUUAUUAAAAUAUGAAUAAAAAAAUAAAAAUUUUAAUUAAAAAUUGCAAAAUUACUGAUAAUCGAUCUCUUUUCAUUAUAUUGGGCAAUGAUGGUUCUAAGCAAGUUCCAGUUUUUUGGAAGCUUUUAACAAAAGGAAAAGGGAAAGAUUGUUCUUUCCUAUGGUGCUCUAAAGAAUGCUCUGAUGAAUUUAUUUCUAGCAAUGAAACACUGUUGAAUCAGAAACUACUGCAGUUAAAUGAUAUUGAUAACUCAACUGAUGACAUAAAACUUCCAAAACCUGUUUAUUGUUCAUACAGUGAAGUUGAAAAGAUUUUGUAUCAGCCUUUCAGUCUGGUAGUUCUGCAAGAUUUUGAAGCCUUGACACCUCAUACGUUAGCUUUAGUAGCAGAAAAUGUUAAAGGAGGAGGAGUACUUAUUUUCUUGCUGCAUAAUGUUAAGAACAUGGAAGAUGUAUCAUCUUCAAAAAUGUUUCAGGAUAUUAAUAUGCAUCAAGAAAAUUUGAAGUUUAAUAAGCGUUUUAUAUCUUCUCUGUGUUCCUUAUCACAUUGUUUGAUUCUUGAUGAUAACUUGAAUAUUUUGAGUCCUGCUUCUAAAAGUAUAGAAGUACCUGUGGAUACUGUUAGAAAUUCAAGCAAGAAAGAAGCUAUUCAAGAAUUAAAAGUAACACAUCAAGGUGAUGCCAUCCUUAGUGCUCUUCUCAGUCAAUGUCAAACUGUUGAUCAAGCUAAGUUGGUUGUUACAUUUAUGGAUAUUCUCCAGAAACGAGCAUUUCAUGCAAAUAUUAGUGUAUCAUCUCCUAAAGGUCGAGGAAAAUCUGCUGCUCUUGGCUUAGCCAUAGCAGGAAGCUUGGCUCUAAGCUACUCAAAUAUCUUCAUAUCAUCUUUACAUUAUGAUAAUGUUAAGAUUAUCUUCAGAUUUUUAUUUAAAGGCUUAGAUGCUUUGAACUAUAAGGAAGAUGAAGAUUAUGAUCUAAUUGAGUCUGCCAAUCCUCAAUUUAAUAAAGCCCUCAUUGGAAUAAAUGUUUUCCGUGACCAUCCCCAAGGUGUCCGUUUUAUCCUUCCUGGUGAUGUAGAGCAAAAAUUAGAACAAGCUGAGCUUAUUGUUAUUGAUGAAGUUGCUGCUAUUCCUUUACCAUUGUUAAGGACUCUUGCUGGUUCACACAUUGUUUUAAUGGCUUCUACUACUAGUGGUUGUGGAGCUACAGGUCGAUGUUUAUAUGACAAAGUUGUCAACAACUUUCAUCAGCUUCCUUCAGGAAAUGAAAUUAAAUCUGAUAGUCUUGCAGUGUCACCUCUUAAGACAGUCCAGCUUAGUGAGCCUGUUCAUUAUUCACCUGGAGAUGCCAUCGAAUCAUGGCUAAAUCAUGUAUUUUGUCUUGAACCUGUCAUUACUACGCAUUUAUCUUUUGGAUGCCCUGAACCUCAAAAGUGUCAGCUAUAUUAUGUUUCUAGAGAAACUCUUUUCAGUGGCCAUAAGAAUUCUGAGAAUUUUCUUCUGUCAUUAACAUCUAUUUUAUCAUCUUCAAAAAGAGCAAUAUCUCCGAAUUAUCUUCUUCAAUUAGCAGAUAACCCUGAUUAUCAUAUUUUCUGUUUAUUACCAGCUCUUAGCCACAGCAAGAAAGCAUCACCAGAAAUUUUAUGUGCUAUUUUGGUUCAUAUUGAAAAGGAAAUCCCCACAAACAUAAUUCAUAGUGGCUGUAAGCAAGAUGGGAUUAAGUCACAAUGCUUCUCACAAUGGAAAACUGAAGAAAUAGAGAAUGCAGCAGGAUUUCUACCCAUUCAAGGCAUCCAUAUAUUAGAUUUAGUUACUCAUCCUGAUUUUCAAAGAAUGGGCUAUGGCCUUAGAGCUUUUCAAUUACUGCAAGAAUUUUAUUCUGGCUUGUGGAUUUCCAUUGAUGAAAAUCCAUCAUUUGAAAUGCAUGUGGAUGAUGUUGGAAACAGUUCUGAAGCUCUUCCCCCUCUUUUGCUGCAACUUACUGAAGUUCAACCACAGAAAAUUGAAUUUUUUUUUGUUUCCUAUAAUUUAUCAUCUGAUUUGCUAAGGUUUUGGAAGAAAGCUGGUUUCGUUCCUGUAUUUAUAUCAAAAGAAGUAAAUUUGGCUAAGGAACAUUCAUGCUUCAUGCUUAAAUGUGUGGAUAAGGAAUUUGAAAAUAGGCUGCAAGAAAUCUGGAGAUGUUUUCAGGAAUACUUUUUUGUGCUUCUCAGUUCUGUUUGCAAAAAUUUUCCCUCUUCAUUUGCUUUGAGUUUACUUCAUUCAAAUAUAGAUAGCAAAAUCAAUGCAAAAGAUCUCACAAAAGCUGAUAUUGAUAUGUAUAUUAAACCUCGUUGCAUGAAAUCUCUUGAAAAGUAUUGCCAAAACUUGGGAGAUCUGCAGUGCAUAAAACCCAUCGUUCCAAUUUUAACGAAACUUUACUUCAGAGGUCACUUUAAGGAUAUUUCUAUACCUGUUGUACAAGAGGCUAUAUUGUUGUCAUUUGGUUUACAACAUAAAACAGCUGACGAAAUUUCAAAAGAUUUAGGUUUGCCAUCUAUACAGAUACAUGGACUUUUAAACAGAACCAUCAGGAAACUCACUAAACAUUUGACAGAUAUCAUUGAGCAGACUAUAGAAAAGACGAUCAUUGCUCCAGAAGUCAAAAUGGAACCCCUUACUCAAGAUCUCGACCAAGAACUGGAAGAAGCUGCAAAAAAGAUUCAACAACAACAAAUUGAAGAUUCAAAGAAAUUAAAAGAUUUGGAUCUUUCACAGUAUGCUAUUAAAGGAUCUGAAGAUGAGUGGGAGAAAGCUUUGCAUACUGGACGUAAGACUCUUGUCAGCAUAAAAAGUAUAAAGAAAAAGCCAGAAGAAGUAGAACUUCCAAAACCUAAUCAUAAUGUUUCAUUUAAAGGAAAACAUAGACAGGGGAAGAAAAAGAGGUAGCAUGCUCUUAUAAAAAUGGUUGUACAUAUUCCUGAUAUAAAUAAAGUUAUUUAAUUUCAAAUGAA